UUUCUUUUUCUGUGGCGGUUUUAUUUUCUUAUUCAAUGGAUUAUGACUGUCACUGUCAUCUGUCAGCGCGUGAGUUUGAACAGGAUUUGGAAGACGUGAUCCAGAGAAGCAGAGAGGCUGGAGUAAAGACUUCAAUUACAGUUACAGAAGAAGCCGGAGAAUUCAGCAGAGUUCUGCAGCUGCAAGAAAGGUUUCCAGAUCUGGUGUCUCCGUGUUUUGGUGUCCACCUGCUGCAGACCAGUGGGGGGUUAGAGCGGCGCAGCGCCAUGCCUCAGGACCUGGAUGCCGCCCGGUCACGGUUCUACGUCCACAGAAAUCGGCUCGUUGCUGUUGGAGAGAUCGGUUUGGACUUCACACCGUGGUGCGCUCUGACUCAGCGCGACCGAGACAACCAGGUCUUCGUUAAACAGCUAGACAUCGCCAAGGAGCUGGACCUGCCUGUGAACAUCCACUCACGAUCAGCAGCUGGGGUUACCAUAGAAACCAUGAAAGAACACGGUAUCAGCCGAGCUCUGCUCCACAACUUUGCUGGGAAACUGCGGGUUGGUCUGGAAGGUGUGAAAGCUGGUUUCUUCUUCUCUUUUCCACCUGCUGUCUGCAGGAACCAACAGAGACAGAAGCUGAUCAAACUCCUCCCUCUGGAACACAUCUGCUUGGAAACGGAUUCUCCUUCGCUGGGACUCCAGAGACACGAACGUUCAGCUGUGAGGAAUGAGGACAUCGCUCUGUCCUGCCGUUACAUGUCUGAAGUUAAAGGAGUGUCUCCCCAGAAGGUUCAGGUCAUCACGGCUCAGAACGCCUACAGAAUCUUCUCCAAGGCUCCUAAAACGUAA